GGUCACUAAAAUUGCCGUUUUCCUUUUGCAUUUUCGUGAUUUUAGAUUUCUGGCGUCGCGACUUCACAGCAUAAUUUUCCACAAUGCCGUCCGCAUCAAAGGAAAAGCGCCUCGCCAAGCGCGCCGCUGAGGGCAAGGAGAAGAAGACCGUCGCCUCGCGAUCCAAGGCCAACUCCAAGAAUGCCAGCGCCGCUGGGUCCGUGGCCGGUGAUGAGACGCCCCCAGUCCAGCUCGACGCGAACGGAAACCCGAUCGAGUCGGACGCGCCCGCCACCUCCGCCGACAAGAUGGACGAGGUCAAGCGUCUGGCUGAGCAGCUCGACAAGCACGGUCUCUCGGACCGCGUCACAACGGGUGUCCUCGCAUCUACCGUCGCUAGCAAGGAUGUCAAGGUCACGAGUGUCAGCUUGGUGUUCCACGGCCGGGUCCUCAUCACAGAUUCCACCCUCGAACUUACUCUGGGUCGGCGAUACGGCUUGUUGGGUGAGAACGGCUGCGGCAAAAGUACCCUUCUGAAGGCCAUCGCCGCUCGCGAGUACCCGAUUCCCGAGCAUGUCGACAUCUAUCUCCUGAACGAGGGGGCGCCCCCUAGCGAGCUCGGCGCUCUGGAGUGGGUUGUGAAGGAGGCCGAGCUUGAGAUGGAGCGUCUCGACAAGUUGGCGGAAAAGCUGCUCGAGGAGGAGGGCCCAGAGUCUCCGGUCCUGAUGGACCUCUACGACCAUAUGGAGAAGAUGGACCCUUCCACCUUCGCGACGCGGGCCGCGCUCAUCCUGACGGGUUUGGGAUUCAACAAGCAAACCAUGCACAAGAAGACCAAGGACAUGUCCGGUGGUUGGAGAAUGCGUGUUGCUCUUGGCAAAGCUCUGUUCGUCAAGCCCACACUGCUGCUGCUCGACGACCCGACGGCCCAUUUGGACCUCGAGGCGUGCGUGUGGCUUGAGGAGUACCUCAAGAAGUGGGACCGCACCCUUGUCCUGGUCUCUCACUCCCAAGACUUCCUCAACGGCGUCUGCACCAACAUGAUCGACAUGCGGCAGAAGAAGCUCUUGUACUACGGCGGCAACUACGACUCUUACGUCAAGACCAGGGCCGAACAAGAGACGAACCAGAUGAAGGCAUACCAUAAGCAGCAAGAGGAAAUCGCCCACAUCAAGAAGUUCAUUGCCAGCGCGGGUACCUACGCCAACCUGGUCAAGCAGGCCAAGUCUCGGCAGAAGAUCCUCGAUAAGAUGGAGGCCGACGGCUUUAUCCAGCCCGUGAUUCCCGACAAGGUAUUCACCUUCCGCUUUGCCGACGUCGAGAAGCUUCCGCCGCCGGUCCUGUCGUUUGACAACGUCACCUUCUCUUACUCGGGCGAUCCGAAGGAUGACCUCUACCGCAACAUCGACCUCGGCUUCGACAUGGAUUCUCGGACGGCGCUCGUCGGCCCCAACGGCGUGGGCAAGUCGACCCUUCUGCGCCUGAUGACGGGCAAGCUCUCUCCCACGGCCGGUUCGGUGAGCAGGCACACCCACCUCAAGCUCGGUCUCUACUCGCAGCACUCGGCCGAGCAGCUCGAUCUCACCAAGUCGGCGCUUGACUUCGUGCGGGAGAAGUACAAGGAGAAGUCACAGGACGUCCAGUACUGGAGACAGCAGCUUGGUCGUUACGGCCUGACGGGUGAUGCUCAGACGUCGCUGAUGGGCACCUUGUCCGACGGCCAAAGGAGCCGCAUCGUCUUUGCUCUGCUGGCCAUCGAAGGCCCCAACAUGCUGCUGCUGGACGAGCCUACGAACGGCCUGGAUAUCCCCACCAUUGACAGUUUGGCGGAUGCCAUCAACGCCUUCAGCGGAGGUGUCGUUGUCGUCAGCCACGACUUCAGAUUAUUGGACAAGAUCGCCAAGCAAAUUCUCGUCUGCGAGAACAGGACAAUCAGAGAGUGGGACGGCACCAUUUCUGAUUACAAGAAGUACUUGCGGAAGAAGAUGAUUUCGGCCGGUGCCGUUUGAAGCUGUUGAGGGCGGAAGCUUGCA